AUGGGAUCCAGCAGUAAAAAGAGAAAGGAGAAGCAAAAGGACUUCCAAAAACCUAAACUCAAAGUCGGCAAGGCAAAGCCCAAGCCCGACAACUUCACGGACACCAGUUUCCAAUCAAAAUCAAUUACCCUAAACCAACAAUCCCUGCGCCUCUCCGCCCCCUCCAGCAACACCCAAUUCACCCACCAUCUCUCCCUCCUAACCUCCAAAUCCGACACCCAGCGCCGAGAAUCCCUCUCGCACCUAACCACCGCCAUCACAUCCCGCCCCGUAGACUCCCCUCUCCCGCAACCAGUAAGUGUGAUUCUCCCCAACCUCCUCCCCCUGAUCCUGGACGCAAGCAACGGCGUGCGUACGCAGCUGCUCAAGCUCCUCCGCGCGCUGCCCGCGCGAGAUGUCGAGGACCACGUCUCGCAGAUGCUACCGUACAUCCGCGCGGGGAUGACCCAUCUCGCCGUGGACAUCCGCGUGUCAGCUGUCGAGGUGCUAGCGUGGCUUGUGGAGGUCGCGGGCGGGGAGGUAGUAUCGUGCGCGGGCGGGUGGAUCAAGACGCUGAACUGCUUCCUUUCCGUGCUUGGGUGGCAUACGGAGGAGUCGGCGCGGUGGUCUGCAAAUCGGGCGUCGUUUGGGAAGGCGGGGAGCCAGGGCAAGGCGAUGAUCAAGGUGCUGUGGGCGUUGGGGGAGUUCCUGGAUGCGGGGUUGGGCGAGGUAGACGAGGGGAUUGAUGUGCGAUCUAAUUCGGCAGAGAAUGAAGUCGCGGAGGCAUGGGGCUUUCCGCUGUGUCAGACGGAGCAGCAUAUGAUCCCCGGGGCAUCGGUGCCAUAUGCAUAUUUGAAUCUGUUCGGGCAGCCACGCGACGAAGAAGGGGAGAUGUACGAGACGCGGGAGGACCGGUACCGCGUAUUUGCGCAUCGGUUUAUGCCUGCUGUGCAGCGGGGACUGGAGAAUGCACGGAAAGAGGGUGGUGAGAUUGGUCGCGCGUCGUCGGGUGCGAGCAAAGUGUUAAAAGAGGCUGUUGCGGCCGUUUGA